AUGCAGCCGGACGGCGUGCCUGACGUGCCGGCCUCCUGGACCGUCGAGGGCCCUGGUGGCCACCACCAAGUGACCAUGUCCAGCCCAUACGUGCCCGGUUAUGUGUCGACAUUCCGUGCAUGGGCACCGCAGCCGACUGAUGAGAAUGCUGACAUGUAUGGCUCAGAAAUCCAGCGCCUCGAGCGCGAACUGUUCAUCGCCGGCAUCUGGCGCUUCCUCCAGCGCGGCGAUGUCGUUGUGAAUGCAGCGAACGCCAACUGCUACCUAUUCAACGGCGAGGUGUUUACAUCGCUCAGCACGCGCCACGACCCGAUCGGUCACCUGCCGCCGUUCAUCAACAUGUUCCUGUUCCCUAUCACGUACUAUGACUGGAUUGUGCCUUCGACCUACAUGCCUGUCAUGUACCUUGAUAUUCUGCCAUGGCGCCAGCAACUUGUGUCGUCGCUUCAGCUCGUGCGAGACAAUAUCGACACCAUCGGCUCAAAUGGCCAAGUGUACCGCAUCGCCAAGUGGGUAUACCGUGCCAGAAUGACCAUCGACGUGCCGCAAGAGAGCACCGCCUCCGGCUUUGCCGAGAGUCCGUACGAUGCCCACUUCAGCUGGAAUGGCACUGUCGUCUUCGAAGUCGAAGGCACGUCCGAGCACGUCUACGACUUCCUUCAGCGCUGCACAUCGCCGAAUGAAUCGCCCGACCUGUCCCAUACCUUCCUUGACUCGGUGCUGAACCGCACGAAUCACUCCAUCCAGGUGCCCACGCUCCCUGAGCCCCAAAACGGCCUUGCUAUGCUGCCGACAUAUCCGUGGCGUCUGCUGCGGCACCGAAGUCAUCCCGGUUCCUACUUGUUUUCUCCGGUACAGUCAUGA